CAGAUUGGCACUCGCGCCGCGAGUCGCUCCCGCGCCGCCUCGCGCCAAUCACCCGACGACGACAACGCCUACCAAGACCGAUGCGCCACCGACGCCCUCUCUUUGCGCUGCUGCUCCUGCUUCCACUGGCCGCCUCGCUGUUCGCCGGCCUCGCGUCGCGGCAGGCUGUCCUGCGGCCGCCGCCGGCGGUGCUGCUCCGCGCCAGCCCUGCGCGUGCCUCGUUCAGCAUCGAUUUCUCCGCGAUCCAGGGGGACGAGGAGGAGGACGAGGAGGAGGACGCGGCGACGGUCGCCGCGCAGCGCGAGGCCAGCAUGCAAAAGGCGCGGGCGGAGCUGCCGACGGUUGCAAACAUGACGGUCGCCGACCUCAAGACUGAGCUGCGCGUGCUCGGGCUGAGGGUGACGGGCCGCAAGGCGGAGCUCGUCGAGCGGCUCGAGCAGACGCGGCGCAAGAUGGCCGCCGGCCUCCCGCCCAUCGAGACCGAGGCGCGUCGCCCUCGCCGCCUGCGCAGCUGCCGGAAGUCGGCUCGUGAGGUCGGUCCUCCGUGCGGCGUCCGCCCCUCGCGCAGGUGCACCGCGAUGUGGAGCCCCUGUGGUACAUGCUGCAGACGGCCAACGGCUUCGAGCGCACCGUCGAGCGCUCUCUCUCCCAGGCGAUCGAGGUGCAGCGGCUGCAGGAGGACAUCGACCGGAUCUUCGUGCCGAUCGCGGACGGGGAGACCUCGGUGCGCGACGCGUCCGUGAUGCCCUCGUACAUCCUCGUCCACAUGCGGAUGACGCGCGCGCUGCACACCUUCAUCACCGGAAUGCAAUACGUGGUCAACUUCGUCGGGGCGGACCACGGCGGCAGGUCCCGCUCUGGGCAGCUCGACGGCUCGCGCGGCUUCGUCUGGCCCCGCCCGCUCACCGACGACCAGUUCCAGUCCAUCGUCACCCUCACAAAGGAGGCGGCGCGCGCCUCGGGAGCGGGCGGCGAGGGCGAGGAGGCGCCUCCCUCGCUGGCGGUCGGCGCGCGCGUGCUCGUCAGCUCGGGGCCUUUCAAGGGCCUCGAGGGCACCGUGACAGAGGUUGGCACGGAGGGACUCGCCACCGUCCUCCUCACCGUCAUGGGGCGCCAGACGGCGGUGAGCUUGCCAGAGCGCUCGUGCCAGCCGGCAGGCGAGGCCGCUGCCGCGGCCGGGCAGGAGGAGGCCGCCGUGUCGGCGCCGGUGGAGGCGUGGGACCCUUGAGUGUGAGAGCGUGCGGACGCCGGUCGCCGGACGGGAGGAGCUGGAACAAUAACAA